AUGUAUUGCGGCGAUGCUGAUGAGAAGAAAGUAGAUGUUUGCGCGAAACCUGACCGACUCAUUAAACAUCGCGACGAGCAAGCUGGCUUUCGUCCUGGCCAAUCUACGAUUGGCCGGGUGUUCAUCGUCUGGAGAGCAAUCGAAAUCUGGCAGCGGUAUUCGAAGCCAAUGCAACUAGCGUUUCUGGACUUUGAAGCCGUGUUCGACUCUCCUCACCGAGGCCAUCUUCUCAAUGCGCUUCGCGCCGAUGGAGUACCAGAAAGACCCUUCCUGUUCAAUUUCGCCAUCGACGACAUUAUGCGAAGAGCAGUCGACCAGUGUCCUGCCGACAUUGUCUUAGCACCGUCAGGGUGCCCCUUUACUGAUCUCGAGUACGCCGACAAUGCUGUUAUAUUUGCGGAAAGCAGUACGAAACUUCAACGUGUUGUCAACCUUGUAUCGAAGCUUGCUGCAGCCCAUGGACCACGUCCACGCCCUGAUAAAUGCAAGAAGCCAGCUGGCCGAAAGCGAGAGUUCUGGACUGAGGUUGCGAAGGAGGACUUGAGGAUACUCGGCGUGGAUAUGAAUAUGGAACAGCGACAGGAUGGAUUGAUUCUGUGCAAGCUCUCGCAGAAGAUCGAGAAGGUUGGGCAGAGCUAUGUUCAAGGACGGCAUAGCUCGGUGAAGAUGCGGGUAAUCGCAUCAAGCGAUGAAAUUUGCCUCGCCGAUUAA